AUGCAGUGGCCACAGCUGGUCAAGCUCAGUAGCCGUGGACAGUUGGGCUCGGUGGCCUCGGCCGGCCGGGCGCUGGCGGCGGGCAGUGUGUGCGCGGGGCUGUCCUGCCGCAGGCCGGUGGUGUGCCGGGGCAGCUCGGCCCCGCAUUUCCUCACGCCCUCGUCUCCGCCUUCCUCCCUGCGGCGGCGCGGGGCGGUGACCGGACGGCUGCGGGGGGCUCCCCGGCGAGGGAGCAGCAGCGGGACAGACGGCAGGACCCGGGGCGACCUUCGUGGCAGCCCCACCGCCCCCGGGGCCCAGCGCCCUGAGGGAGCCCACGCCGCGCCAGGCCGCCCUUCCCCGCCCCUCGGCAGGUGCAACGCCCCCCCCGCCGCCGGCCUCUACCACGCCGCGCGGUGCGUGGGGAGGGACCCGGGCGGGGCACGGCGCUCCUGCCUGCGGGGGAGCGUCCCGCCGGCCCGUGCGCUCCCCUGUCCCCCUUCCUCCCCCCCCGCCUUGCGUGUCGCCGUGGAACGGGCCGAGCCCGGAACUGGUCGCGGCGCCGGCGGGCGGCUGUGGAAGAUGGAGGCGGGGGAGGCCGGCCCGGGCGGCAGGGCGGGCAGCAGCGCCGACAGCCUGGCCGAGGAGGAAGAGGAGGAUGAGGACGAGGAGGGCGCUGGCAGUGGCCGGUCCAGCCGCACCUCGUCGCUGGUGAGCGGGCUGCUCACCGAGCUCUACAGCGCCGCCGAGGCGGCCGCCCCCUCGGGCAGCGCCCGCUCCCGCGUCCUCCGGGAGCUGGAGCAGCGGCCCAGCCAGGUCAAGUACCUGCGGCUGAAAGAUGUUGAUGAAUUAACAACUAUAAAACGAGAACUGACUUACAGAAUCUCGGUUCAAUCGGCAAAGUUGCUACGCCUUCUGAAGCAGAAAGACAGGCUUGUACAUAAAGUCCAGAAGAACUGUGAUAUUGUCACAGCUUGUUUACAGGCGGUCUCCCAGAAACGAUCGUGACAGGUACAGAAAUGUUCAGGU